AUGGUGAAAAUCGUUUUGGGAGAAUCAAUAGAGAAAGAAGAGGAGACAAUCCCGUCUCCAACUGGCGAUACUCAACCUCAUAUCUGUGAAUUUUGCCAUGAUGAAUUCUGGCAACUCGAUGAAUAUAUGGAACAUAAAGAACUAUGUAUAAAUAACGCUAAACGACGGAGGAUUAUGUUUGAUUCGAACUCUGUUGAUGGUAGUGUAACCAACGGUGAUAUCAGUGAACCAAUCAGAUCACAGAGUGUCAGUGAUGGUGAGGAAGAGUUGUCUCCCGAAGAAGAUGAAGGCAUAUAUCCAGAGGAAUUUUCCCGCCACGCUCAUUUAAACGGAGAUUACACACACGAAAACAAAAUGGAGGAUUUAUCAGAUGAUGAAGAUGAAUUAAAAGAAGAUGAUAAAGAAAAUAAAAUAACUGACGAGUCGAAAGUUGCAAUGGCCGCCCAACUACCUCAAUUAAUGUCGUUAGCCAAUAUGGCGAACAUGGCGAAUAUCUUACCUACAUCCAAUGUGAAACUGGAACCUAUGUCUGGCACUAAGGCUGCCGUGGCCCAGUUUGCUGAAAACAAUAACCUAAUGCCCAAUGAUAUGGCUGUAUUACAAGCUACGCUGUUUACUCUUCAACAACAACAAAUAGUUCAAUUACAGUUGAUUCAACAGUUACAGAAUCAAAUCGUUACAAAGACUGAUGAAGAUGAGGAAGAGGAAGAGGAAGGAGACGAGGAUCUCGAACAAAAUAACGAAGAUGCCAAAAGUGAAACGAAAAGCGAAACAUCAAAACCACCUUCUCCCGUUGUGGACUCCAUUUCAGACUCUAAUCUCAGUUCCAAAAUAUUCACCGAGGACAAAUUAGUGAAAAGCGAGAGUGAAAAACCUUCACCCGAUUCUAUGAACCCUUCAGAGGGAAAAUAUAUCAACAGUUUAGCUGCUAUGAAUAAUAUGACAUAUAACUCACUCCCGAAAGAAACCCCAGUUCAACGAGGAAGCAUCCUACCCCCUCAUUUAUUGUCUAUACCCCCUGAUGAUGGUUACGCUCAGAGAGGAACAGGGAGUGUGGUCAGGAAUAUCAAUGAGUUAUGUCCCCUUGUGAUUCAAUCUUUGUAA